AUGCUGUUAUGUCUGUCCCUGCUUUGCAGCGUUGCCGGUCAUGCAGGUGACGAUUGAGAUCACCAGGCAGCAGGUGGAGAAGAUCUUCGGCCUCGAUGAGUACUGGUGUCAGUGUGUCGCCUGGAGCACCACUGGAACGCAGAAGAGCCAGAAAGCGUACAUCAGGAUUGCUUACCUGAGAAAAAACUUUGAGGAGGAGCCGCAGGGUAAAGAGGUGGCAUUGGACCAGGAGGUGUUACUGCACUGCCAUCCCCCCGAGGGAGUGCCACAAGCCGAGGUGGAGUGGCAGAGGAACGAGGACGUGCUCGACCCGUUGAGUGAUCCCAAUUUUUUCAUCACACCUGACAACAAUCUUGUCAUCAAAAAAGCCCGCCUUUUGGACACGGGCAACUACACGUGCGUGGCCAAAAACAUCGUUGCUCGCCGCAAAAGCAACUCCGCCACGGUCCUGGUCUAUGUCAACGGUGGCUGGUCCACAUGGACCACCUGGUCGUCCUGCAGUGCUGUGUGCGGGCGUGGCUGGCAGAAGAGGAGCCGGAGCUGCACCAAUCCCACGCCACUGAACGGAGGCACAUCCUGUGAGGGGCAGAACGUCCAGAAAAGUGCCUGCGUGGCCACCUGUCCAGUGGACGGGGGCUGGAGCGAGUGGAGCAAGUGGUCAGCGUGCGGGGCAGAUUGUUCGAUGUGGAGGAGCAGGGAGUGCUCCCAGCCCUCGCCCGGCACCGGGGGCAAAGACUGCCAGGGGCUCGACCUCCAGUCUAUGAACUGUACCAGCGAACAGUGCCCACAGACUGUGAGCGGCGCCGAGGACGUGGCGCUGUACGUGGGCAUGGUGGCCGUGGCCCUCUGUCUGACCCUGCUGCUCAUCGUGGUCGUCCUGGUCUACCGGCGCAAGAAGGAGGGCCUGGACGCUGACGUGGCGGACUCCUCCAUACUCACCACUGGCUUCCAGCCUAUGGGCAUUAAGCCCAGCAAGCCAGGUGUGUGGGCGCCACGGCCACGAAGGCCUCCCCACAGCAAGAACUCCCAUUUGCUCACCAUCCAGCCUGAUCUGACGACCACCACCACCAGCUACCAGGGCACGCUGCGCUCUCGCCACGACACGGCUGGGAAGUUCUCCAUGACCAACGGGCCUCUGCUGGACCCGCUUCCCAACGGAUCGCACACGCUCCACAACGGGAAGCUAAACUCGGACACCACAGAGUUUGUGAGCAGGCUGUCCACUCAGACCUACUUUAAAACUCUCCCCCGUGACGUGGCCAACACCUCCUACGGGACUUUCAACUUCCUGGGUGGGAGAUUAACAAUCCCCAACACAGGAAUCAGCCUGCUCAUUCCUCCCGAGGCCAUCCCCAGAGGAAAGAUCUAUGAGAUUUAUCUCACUGUUCAGCGGAAGGAAGAUUUAAGGUUACCGCUGGCCGGCUGCCAGACCCUCCUGAGCCCCAUUGUGAGCUGCGGCCCUCCGGGGGUGGUCCUGAGCCGGCCAGUUAUCCUCAGCAUGGACCACUGCUUUGAUGCGUGCCUGGAUAACUGGGCCGUCCGCCUCAAGAAGCAGAACUACGAGGGCGCUUGGGAGGACGUCCUGCUGAUGGGGGAGGAGCUGGUGUCCGAGCCUUAUUACUGCCAGCUUGAGGCCGAGACGUGCCGCCUGUUCACAGAGCAGCUGGGCACCUUCGCCCUGGUGGGAGAGUCGCUGCACAUGGGCGCAGCCAAGCGCCUGCGGCUCGUCCUCUUCUCCGACGCCUACUGCUCCACGCUGGAGUACAACAUCAGGGUGUACUGCAUGGACGACACGCAGGACGUCUUCAAGGAGGUGAUGCAGAUGGAGAGGCAGCUCGGGGGUCGGCUGAUUGACGAGCCCCACGUCCUGCUUUUCAAAGACAGCUACCACAACCUGCGCCUUUCCAUCCACGACAUGCCCCAGGCGCACUGGAGGAGCAAGCUGCUAGCCGGCUACCAGGAGAUCCCGUUCUACCACAUCUGGAACGGUUCCCAGCGGUACCUGCACUGCACGUUCACUCUGGAGCGGCUCAGCCUCAGCACCUGCGAGCUCACCUGCCAGCUGUGCGUGUGGCAGGUGGAGGGGGAGGGCCAGAGCUUUGCCCUCGACUUUAACAUUGCCAAGGACACGCGAGGUCUGGACUCCGAGUUCCUGCUAAUGGACAGUAAUGCGACGGCUCUGGCCGGGCCCAGCGCCUUUCAGAUCCCGUAUCUCAUCAGACAGAAGAUCUGCGGCAGCCUGGAUGCGCCCUGUCCCAACGGAGCAGACUGGAGAAUGCUAGCACAAAGACUUAAACUUGAAAGACACAUGAGUUUCUUUGCAUCCAAAGCGAGCCCGACCUCUGUGAUCCUGGACCUGUGGGAGGCGCAGCACUUCCACAGCGGCAACAUCAACCAGCUGGCUACGGUCAUGGCUGACAUCGGCAAACAGGAGGCCAUGAUUUUCCUAGUCUCUGACGGCGAAUGCUAACCCAGCAACGGAGAGAAAAGAGAGGGAGGAAGAAGAAGGAGAGAGAGAGAGAGAGAGACUGGUGCAGAACACAGCAACAUGCAGACAUAACACUAAGAGCAGCUGGAAACAAAGAGCAGCGCUGUCCCAAUGUGUCUCUUCUUUAUUUUUAGGAAAUAGCGGAAAGUUUGUCUAGGAUCGUGUCCUUUUAUUCACACCCCCAAAACAGUAAGGGACGUCUGUAAACGACGGGUUUCAUUAGGGCGAAGGCUGAGUCGUGCGUUCCCGUCAGAAGGUUUUACGAUAUUUUAAACAUGAUAUCACUUUCACUUUUUGUUCAGCGAGCUAAGAAGGAGCAAUAUGCAAAUGCAAUGUUCUAACUUACAGCCGAUGUUGCAAAUUCCUCUCAAUCUUUUAUGAACUUGGUUCGGAAAAACCUGCGUUACACCCGGAAUAACAAGGAGGGCCGGUCAGUCAGUUCAGGUGAAAUAUGCAAUUGGCAGGUGACCAUGACAUUAUCUCAGACACGUUGUCCUGCGUGUGAGCGACCACGACGGCGCGUAGCACCGCCUGCACGCUGCAGGUUUGAAAGCAGAUUGUAUGCCCCAGAAGUCCCGUCUCAUCACGGUCUGUGCUUUUUCUUUUUCUUUUUUUUGUGUUAGUCCAGCCGGUAUCACUACUGUGAAUGUAACAUCUAGACAUCUUGAUUCAGCGAGACGCUUCGCAGCUUUUUCUGCUUCGAAAUCAAUACGUGUGUGUGGUUGGAACCUUUCUUCUUUAGGAGAGCAGUCAGUUAUAGUGCAUCUCCACUCUGAGAAUGAAGUCCUUUGAUUUUGUUUCAUCUCGUGCAGUACCCUACUCUGAUCGUUCAUCGUGUUACGGUUUUUUUUUUUUUUUUAGGUUGUUGUUUUUGUGCGUUUUAGAUUUCUCAGCUAAUGAAGGAGCCAUAAGCGCUAAGAGGCGUUCUCACUGCAUUUAUGCGAACAGCGAAUGUCGUCAAAAGUGACAUUUUUCACCUCCUUGAUUACAUUCAUUCUCCAGCACGCGAACAUUGGCCAAAAAAAAAAGGGUUAUUAAACUACAUGAAUAAUGUAGCGCACUUUGCCACAGAAAACUCUGAAAACAAAUUCUUCAAAAUUGUCACGAGAUUAGUCACGUCGAAAGGGAUAACUGUGCAGCUUUGUUUAUGUUAUUUAUAAAGCAAUUUUGGUGGGAAUUCAAUAUUUGCCGCGCGGCAAACAGUAUUUCCACAUCAGAGACGAGCCGUCUCUCAGUCAAAAAUUCAGUCUUUUUGUUUGUCCAAAGCAACGCUGGAAAGUGUGUGUUUUCUCUCCCUUUUUUUUUUUUUUGCAUUAAUUUCCACAGUAAUUUCUUAGUAAUGGAUGUGUCAAGUCAUGAACAGAGCUCGAUGAAAACCCCACAGGUUGAGCAGUGCACUUCACAGACGGUGUGAGCAAUCCCAAACUAGCCAUAGUUCUGUCUGCCUCAGGGUUGCAUGUGAAGCUGUCUGUUUAAAGCUGGAAGGAAAGGCCCUUUCUCCAUCCCGCCAUCCGUGUCUCAGCCUUUAAACUUCAACGGAUUCCUUUUGCGAUUGUCAGAUAUCUGGAAUGUACCUUUACGUUUUUCUUUCGUAAAAAAAAAAAGGGGGGAGGAGCAAAAAAAGCACCUGUUUUUCUUUCACCGGGUUUAAAACUUGUGUUUCCCAUGGCAACUCAGAUCUUUCCACCCCUUUAUAAACACUUUCAACCCCUUUUUAUAUGAAGAUGCCAUAAAAAUCCAAUGUUACCUUUUUGAGAACCCUUGGAUUAUUCCCUCAAAGAAAAAAACAACAAAGAUGAUUACGCCCAAUCAUCGCCACAUUGUAAUAUGUAAAUAGUUUUUCUAUACCAGCCACGUGCUGUCACUUUGCAUACUGUAUAUCAGCAGAGUUGGUAACCAAAGUUUUAGGAAUAUCAUUUGAGUCCACCACAUCCUCAUAUUGUAUCCAUCAGAACCGUUUUGACACCGUUUGUACUUGCAGAAUCAGUCAGUUUACCAUCGUUUAGCUUUUUGUUGUAUUCUUUUUCUUCUGAAAGUCGAUGCAUAAUUUGAUCACUUUGUAAACAAAUGUAAAUUAUAUUUUAAUAUGAAGCCAAAAAAAAAAAAGAAAAAAAAAGAAGAACGCAACACUUAACUGGCGCAACAUUUGUCAAGUCUAAAAACCGUGACGUGUUUGCCUAUAUCCUGUUCUUUGGCGAUCUAGCAGUGAUUUGCAGUGUUAAGGGUUUAGAGGCCGUUUUCGCAGGACGUUUCUGUUCGCUCUCAUCCUGGGUCUUUUCAUUCCCGCCACUUGUUGGAAAGCAUUUAAACACAAAGGUGGAAGCAGUCGCCGACGCUCUCGGUGAGUCAGCGAGGCUAAUCGCCGGAGGACGUCAGUCCUCGGACGCCGUCGAGGCAGCAGCAUGUUCAGGGGGAGGAAAUGAGCCGCGGUAGUUGUACAGUCAGACUGUAGCUCGGGAAGUUUUAGCACCCUCGUCAUCGUCUUGGAUGUGUUGCCUAAGCACAUUUUCAGUGAUGUUGCACAGCAUCUGUCUUCACAUCUGAGUCACGCAGCACAUCUGCACUUACAGUGUGAUGAACGCCGGCUACUUCAUGAUAAAAUCUCAGACUGAUAGCUCUGUGGAAGACCCGCCGUGUCUGUAACACAAAUGCUUUGUUCGAGGGUUUAUGCUGUCAGUUCACCCUGUGAUGCAUCUCGGCACUGUAUUCUUUGUCACUCAUUACUAUUCGGUGUGGAGGACGUGCGCAUAUUUAAGUAUGUGUUUGUGUGUGUGUGUUGUGUGUGUGUGUGUGUGUGUGUGUGUGUGCAGACCUCCCUGUCACUGACUGAACGGUUUUCUUUUUUGAACUAAGAACAAUAGACUUCUGUACUUGUGAAUGGUUUUCUAUUUAGUUCCUUGGUUCAAUGUCCCUUGCCUUUCUGCAAGUCAAAAAUGCUGUAUUUAUUACAUGCCACAGCGCUUAUGCAAUUGUAUAAUCCUUCUAUUGUUUUCUUUGUUUGGAGUUUUUCUUUUUUU